CUGUCAAAAAUAAACGUACGUAACUGAAAGAAUUUGUGUGUAAUAUUAUUUUACUCGUGCGUAAUUUAAAAGAGUGUAUGUAAUUCAGCUUUUUGUGAGACUUGAAUUCCAAAAUCGUCGGCCAAGACAAUUUACAAGUACGACAUUUUGGUUUGUUUGUUAGAGUACAACUUCAGAUUCUACGACUAUGACAUUUUACAGACACAACCACAACUCUUUCACAUGCACGAAGUGCAAAUUACGAACACGAAGCGCUGUGCGCGAAGAGACUGUCAAAAAUACGUCAUCAAGGUCACAGGCAUUACUAUCAGAGGGAAGAUUGAUCGAUUCCAUCCACGUAGUGCGCAUGCGCCCCCGCUUAAACCACUAGCGCCAAAAUGACAGCUCAACAGCCAAGCGCUCACUCAUCGUCUCAGGGACCGUUGAUGACGCACUUGCUAGAACGCCUCAGGUCACGAAUUAGUGCAGUUUUAGAUGGCCAUCAGCUGGACUUAGACUAUUUUCAGUAUGUUGUCAAUCUAGAAGUGUUUAUUUUUUCAUCAGCCUCCACUAUUUGUGAUGUGCCUAUUUAUAUUUUGGAUACCCUCAUGGAUCUACAACGAAAAAUCCAUUCAGCUCUUUCCCAAGAGAUGGUCCCAGUUCUUACGAGGGAAUGUAGUGGUGGACGAGGUCGACCUAAGUUUAUUGUUUCCGAGGAAAUGCUGUCCCGGCUCAUUGAGAUGUCUUUACCAGCUUCUUGUAUUGCAAACAUUUUAGGAGUGAGCCAGUCAACGCUCUUCCGCCGAAUGCGUGACUUGGGUUUAUCUGUAAAAACUACGUAUAGCACCAUGUCUGACAAUGAAUUGGAUAAUGCCAUUUUGUCCAUCAAAAGAAGACUACCAAAUGCUGGAUAUAGGAUGGUGAAAGGUUGCCUGCAAGCAGACGGACAUAGAGUUCAAUGGAACCGUAUAAAAAAAUCCAUGCACAGAGUGGAUGCCCCUGGAAUUUUGGAAAGGAUGACACAGCUGGGGUGCAUUGUUAGAAGGUCAUAUUUUGUGCAAAGUCCAUUGUCCUUAGUCCAUAUUGACACGAAUCACAAGCUCAUAAGGUACAACAUCAUCAUAUUCGGUGGGAUAGAUGGGUUCUCACGAAAGAUCAUGUACUUGGAACCAGCAACAAACAACCGUUCAAACACUGCCCUAUCAUUCUUUCUGCAGUCUGUGCAAAAGCAUGGCUGGCCUUCAAGGGUCCGGGCUGAUGAAGGUGUGGAAAAUGUGGCAAUUGCAGAAACCAUGUUUCAUGUGAAAGGGACUGGAAGAGGAAGCUUCAUUUCUGGGAAAAGCGUACAUAACCAAAGAAUCGAACGCCUGUGGCGAGAUGUCUGGGUCAGUGUAACUCAGCUGUAUUACGAAAUACUUCACAGCCUUGAGGAAGAUGGCUUGUUGGACUUGUCAGAUUCCCUUCAUGUGUUCUGUGCACAUUAUGUGUUCCUCCCACGUCUGGAGCGUGACCUCCACACUUUUUCUGAAGGCUGGGACAAUCAUCCAUUACAGUCUGAAAGUGGGCUCACCCCUUACCAGCUGUGGAUAAUGGGACACAUGCACAACUCAUCUGGUGACGAUGAAGAGAAUUCGCAGAAUUUGCAACUGUUUGGAACAGACUGGGAGACAUUCGAUUGUGUGACAGAUGAUGAUGUUGGAGUUCAAGUUCCAGAAAUUGAGUGCCCACUCACUCCUGCUCUGAUGGAAACCGUAAAAUCCAUGUUUAAUCCUCUUGCAACAUCUGACUGUUAUGGCAGAGAUAUUUAUAUAUCUUUGGUUCAAUAUUUUGAAAGUCUUUAA